CGGAGUCGGCCGGAGUCGGGCGGGCCGGUGGUGCUCAGAGCAGCGUGGUUCAUCCUGUGACUGACUGGCAGCCGCCGGGGGAAAAAGUUACUUAGAGUUCGCCGACACACUGCCAACAUGUCCGGAGAUGACGAGACGCAGGAGCAGACGAUCGCCGACGAUCUGGUCGUCACUAAGUACAAGAUGGGCGCGGAGAUCGCGAACCAGGCCCUGAAGACGGUGGUGGCGGCGGCCGCGGUCGGCGUCUCGGCGCUCAGCCUCUGUGAAAAGGGAGACGCCUUCAUCACGGCAGAGACCGGGAAAAUCUUCAAGAAGGAAAAAGACAUGAAGAAAGGUAUCGCUUUCCCUACUUGUGUGUCGGUGAACAACUGCGUCUGCCAUUACUCCCCUUUGAAGAGCGACCCCGACGUGGUACUGAAGGAUGGGGACCUCGUCAAAAUCGAUCUGGGCGUGCACGUCGACGGCUUCAUCUCAAAUGUGGCGCACAGCUUCGUUGUUGGAGUGACCAAGGAAAACCCGCUGACCGGACGCAAGGCGGACGUCAUCAAAGCGGCCCACCUCUGCGCCGAGGCCGCCCUCCGGCUCGUAAAGCCCGGAAACCAGAACACGCAGGUCACAGAGGCCUGGAACAAGAUCGCAAAGUCGUUCAAGUGCUCUCCGAUCGAGGGCAUGCUGUCCCACCAGCUGAAGCAGCACGUGAUCGACGGGGAGAAAACCAUCAUCCAGAACCCAACGGACCAGCAGAAAAAGGACCACGAGAAGGCGGAGUUCGAGGUGCACGAGGUGUACGCGGUGGACGUGCUGAUCAGCACCGGAGAGGGGAAGGCCAAGGACGGAGGUCAGAGGACCACAGUUUACAAACGGGAGCCCAACAAGGUGUACGGCCUGAAGAUGAAGACGUCCCGGGCGUUCUUCAGCGAGGUGGAGAGACGCUUCGACGCGAUGCCGUUCACCCUGAGAGCUUUCGAGGAUGAAGCCAAGGCCAGGCUGGGUGUGGUGGAGUGUGCCAAACAUGAGCUGCUGCAGCCGUUCAGCGUCCUGCACGAGAAAGAAGGUGAAUUCGUGGCCCAGUUUAAGUUCACCGUGCUGCUCAUGGCCAACGGACCUCUGCGAAUCACAAACAGCCUUUUCGAGCCAGAACUGUACAAGUCUGAGCACGAGGUGGAGGACGCAGACCUGAAGGCUUUGCUUCAGAGCUCGGCCAGCCGCAAGACCCAGAAGAAGAAGAAAAAGAAGGCCUCAAAGACGGUGGAGAACGCCACGGGACAGGCGAUGGAGACCGAGGCCGCCGAAUAGAUUCUUCUUUUCUCCAAUAAAUUUGUGGCCGACUUCUGACGACCCAAAGAACAGACGUCACAAAUGUUUCCUUCUGUCCCGGCUGUCUGAGGCACCUGUGGUCAAAGCCGCUGUGAAUACCUCUGAAUCUAACUGAUGUCAGUCUGGGAUGAUGCUGCUCCUAAAUUCUACAACUUACACCUUUAACUCACACACACAGAGAAACACACACCCAUAGUAAAUUCUCCUGUCCUUGAGGCAGUCCUGUUGUCUUUAACAGUGGUCACAAUUCCAUCACGAGUCCCUUCUUCUCAACAUUCGACUGACCUCCAACAGCCUCCCAUUGGGUAACCGUAGUGAAGGACGUGGCAAAUAAAAAUGAGUUUGACAGAGCGGCCGAGGAUGAUGAAUGCCCAGCGCCGUGUCAGUGUAGCCGUGUGACGUUCCGAUCUCUCUGACACCAUGCCUUUUGAAAUGAACUUUCCCUUGGCAUCAGUGUGGAACAUCUGUCAUAAAGACACAUUCACAGAUCAGAAGGCAUGAAUACACGAGUCACUCUUGCAGUUAAAUUCACCUUAAUUAGCACAUUUCUGCCGCUCUCCUUUAGGUUUUUGCACUAGUUGAAUGUGUGUGCUACUAGGCAACUAUUGUAGGUUACUCAACUAACGAUUUCUAAAACGGACAUUUUAGGACCUACUGCUUGAGUAAUUUAACAAGUAAAAAAACAACCCUUUUUUUUUCUGAGUUGUGGAGGGUCGUAAUUCCUGCCAAGGGUUCAGCAUCAAGUCUUCUGAUGCCUCGCUGAGUCUGACAGUCUGUGUUUACAUAAGAUCUCCAUACCUGGUAAAUAUAUGGAUGCUUUUGUAAAACAAACCCCAGUUUCAGAGACUAUUUUUGGAAACAUUAAAAAACCACCUGACAUCA